AUGAAUGACAGCAAUGCAACCUCAAAGUUUCUUCAAAAGCACUCCGACUUUGGACUCAAGACCUUGAGUAAAUUUCUUCCAAUUGCCAUAGUAAUAGUUCUGGCUAAUGGACUCGUGUUUGUCUUGUUUUACCGAUGUCGUCGACUUCGCACCUCUUCUAACUACGUACUUCUCAGUUUGGCAAUUUGUGACUUCAGUAUUGGCGCUAUCGCUAUUCCAUACUUCAUUGUUCAUAAUUUUGGCAUUUCGCCGCCACAAAUGGAUUAUGGGGUUUACGCCUCGCAUACAUUACUAGUUAUUUCAGGUGCUUAUCACAUACUCUUUAUUACUGGGCUCAAGUACAUGGCAACUGUCAGUCCACUAAAACACCACUUGGUGACCAAGAGCUUGGUUUUGAAAAUUGUGUUCGGCAUUUGGAUCACUUCUACUGUUUUUGCUAUCAUUCCUGUCGUUUUGCCUAAUGCUGAGGUAUCUGCACGUUGGGAAGUUAUUCAUACUGCAGUUUGUCUUGUUGCAGUGUUCCUUUUCCCGUACAUAUUUAUGAUUUAUGCAUACAUAGCUAUGUUCAGUGCAAUUACUAAAAGGCAACGACCAUCGUUGAUUAAGAAUAAAAACUCGCGGGAGCAGAAGAAAAAAAAAAGUGACAGGAAGUGUAUCUUGGUUUUCGCAACCAUGGCGAUCAUAUUUGCCUGCUGUUGGUUCCCUUAUUUUAUGGUCAUGCUUUUAUUCCAAAUAGGACUAAAAGAUUUGCUUAGCGUCAUUGAAGCUGUUAUGGUCAUUCGAUAUAUCACAUCUUUGGCCAACCCUCUUCUCUACACGUUUUUCAAACGCGACUUCUGGUCCGCCUUUCAGAAUCUGUUGCAAAACAAGGAAAAGGUCAGUUCUACUUCUAAAAAAAGUCAAACAGGGUCUCUUAGUCUCAUGAGCCGACUAAGAUCCAGAUCAAGCGUCAACAGCACAAGGUUAACGACGCUCGAAGGAGAAGGACAAGAACCGAGAAUGAUUCCCAAUAGGAACGUGACCUUUGGGGAAGAGACAUUUCUUACAAGCUGUGUUUAA